AUGGAGCCCCACAGCGUGCAGGAGUUCAAUUUGCCGACGCCAGAGCAUACAUUCACCUUGAGUGUGUCGGACGGUGGAGAUCGGAGCACAUGCGUUGACGUAGUUCGUGGGCAAGUCGUUCUGAUCGAAGGGGACUCCGGCAUUCGUUUUCUUGAAGGAGUGGCGAAGAAAGAGUUGCUUAGAUUUGGAGCUGCGCUGUGUGCUAGUGAUAUCGUUCAGGCCGAGCUCCUGGUAAAUGAGAUCAGCAGCCUCCAUGAAGAGCGCCGGCACCUGCACCGGCAAGUGGAGGCUGCGGACCUCAACGGCACCCAGGAGGCGCAAGAGGUCUCGGCUGCGCUGGAGGGCGCCCGGGGCCGUUUCCUCGAGUCCCAGCUGCGAAGGGAUCGCCUGCGUCGGCUGGUGAAGGGCCUCGAAGGUCACAACCCGCCACAGCCAGAGCAGGUGGAGGUGUCUCUGCAAGAGAGGGAGCGCGAGCUCGAACUGCAGGUGGAGUCGCUUCGGAAUGACACGGCGAACCUGGAACAGCGUCGUCAAACCUUCAUCAAGGAGCUCGAGGACUGCCGCCGUCAGGCGGCCCAGCGCACUUCGGAGCUUCGCCACUCGGAGGAGCUUGGCUCCGAGGCUGUCGCACGUUGUGCAGCUUUGCAGCUCGAGCUCAAGCUGCUCCAAGAGAAGAUCUUCGGAGUGGAGACAGAGCGCCAGGAGCUGUGGCAGAAGCAGCGGCGCAUGGGGGAGCAGUUUGAAAGUGCGUGGGAGGCAGCCACUGCCGAGGCGCAGCGCUGCCUCGUGCAGCUGAGCGCUGAGGUGUCACGCGAAGCCGGCGAUGAGCAGGGCCUUAGCCCGGAGCCCAGUCGAUGGUGA